UUCAUCUUCAACCCCCCACGCGCAAUCAAUCCCCCUUUCUACCCAUAUUUCGUCCUGUGCUGCUUCCUCUCUCUAUAUAUACACACAUAAAUAUAUUUGGAGACAAGUAAAUCAUCUGUCUAGUAUAUUCAGCUCUAACACCAAAUAAUUUAAAAUCUCUCUCUCUCUCUCUCAGCUUUAAGAUCAAGGCAAGUUUCAAUUUUCUAGCCGGUCAGCAACUUCUGGGGCCAUUUCCGACUGCUAAUAGAAGGUUCUUCAAUAUGGAGAUAACCAUGGAGCCGAGUUUUCCUCCAGGCUUCAGAUUUCACCCCACAGAGGAGGAGCUGGUGGGUUACUACCUCGAGAGAAAGGUUAACUCGCUGAACAUCGACUUGGAUGUCAUUAUCGACUUGGAUCUGUAUAGAAUGGAACCCUGGGACAUCCAAGAUAGGUGCAGAUUAUGGUACGAGGAGCAGAAUGAAUGGUAUUUCUUCAGCCACAAGGACAGGAAGUACCCGACUGGAUCUCGCACUAACAGAGCGACGGCGGCCGGGUUCUGGAAGGCGACGGGGAGGGACAAGGCCGUGGUUUCAGGGAACAGAAGGAUAAUAGGAAUGAGGAAAACCCUAGUGUUCUACAGGGGACGAGCUCCAAAUGGAAGGAAAACCCAGUGGAUCAUCCAUGAAUAUCGUCUCCAAACAGCUCAACACGCUCCCCCUCAGGCAAAAGGAUGGGUUGUGUGCCGGGCAUUCAAGAAAUCGAGCCCCAGUCACAUGCCUUGUUACAGUAACAAUGCAUUUUACAAUCAGCUGAAUGAUCAAACCAUUACAUUUCCUCCUCCUCCUCAUCAACCAGCCGAACAAGAGCAUGUCUUCAACCACAUCCACCAUCUUCAUCAAAAUCAACUACUUCUCCCACUUUCGCCGCCGCAGGAAAGCGCCACCCUCUCAACCAGUCCGGCUCCCGGCGGCGGCACCGAUCCGGCGGCGGAACACAACAGCAUAGUCAAGAAAGACUCUGACUUGAAAUAUUUUUUGGAGGAUUUGAUCAAUGCAUCGCUUCUGGAGGCUGAAUCUCCAUUAAUGUUGUCUCAAGAACACGAGCUGUAUGAUCAGAACCACGCUAGCCAUCUGUUCAGCUUUCCUGAUUUGUAGCAAUCCAUAUAUAUAUGUACGUAUGGAGAUAAUACAUUUACUGUAAUGGCGCAGCUAUAUAUAAUGCAGUUGAUUUUACUUCUCUUGGUAAUUAGUUCUCAAAGAAUUUUGAUGGUGAAAGAAAAUUAAAGAGCAGAAGAGGAGAAAGGGCAAAGAUGAAGAUGGCUUGCAGAGGAGCUACACCAUCAUUCAGAUAUAUACAUAUUUUUUUCCUUUAGUUCUUUAUUCUGAAAUUUUAAGUUGUGCAUUACUGGACCAACCAACUGUAGCUACUCACGUCGAUUUCAUUAAUUUUUGUAGAAAUUUAAAGUAUUUGUUAUUUAGAGGUAAAUUUAUUGCAAUUGUACUAUAAAAAUCAAGAAUA